UUUUACAUCUAAUCUUAAUUCUUCACUUUUCCCUCUCCAAAAUCAAAAUCCAUCCUCUCUCUCUCUCUCUCUCUCUCUCUCUCUCUCUCUCUCUCUCUCUCUCUCUCUCUCUCUCUCUCUCUCUCUUCUCUUCAAUUACAAAAGACAGAACAAAAUAUUUGCCCUUUAAUCGGCAAUGGCACAUUCUCUGAAUUUCUUCCCCUUGUUUUUCACUUUACUACUCUCUACGUCCGCAGUUUUCUCGUCGGAAUUCGACGACGGAGAUUAUCAUUCCGCACGGAGAGAGGCUGACAGAGUGGUCGACUUGCCAAACCAGCCGCCGGUGGAGUUCCGGCACUAUGCCGGUUAUAUUAAACUCCGGCCGAGUGAGGAGAAGGCUCUGUUUUACUGGUUCUUUGAGGCUCAAAACGACGUCGCUCAUAAGCCUCUUGUUCUUUGGCUCAAUGGAGGGCCAGGGUGCUCUUCCAUAGCAUAUGGGGCUGCUCAAGAACUUGGGCCUUUCCUUGUUCAAACCAAUGGCACCCUAAAACUCAACCCUUUCUCUUGGAAUAAAGCUGCAAAUAUGCUGUUUUUGGAGUCACCAGUUGGAGUGGGAUUUUCAUACACAAACAAAUCAACAGAUUUAGAAAAGCUUGGAGAUAAAAUCACUGCCCAAGAUUCUUAUGCUUUUCUUAUUGGUUGGUUCAAAAGAUUUCCAAAUUUCAAACUUCAUCAUUUCUAUAUAGCCGGAGAGAGCUAUGCUGGACAUUAUGCUCCCCAACUUGCUGAGCUCAUUCAUAAGAGAAACAAAAAUUGUACCAAAGAUUUGAUUGUUAACCUCAAGGGCUUAUUGAUUGGAAAUGCAGCCAUCAAUGAUGAAACAGAUACAAUGGGAAUGGUGGAAUAUGCAUGGAGUCAUGGCAUAAUAUCAGAUCAACUCCAUUACAAUAUCUUCAAAGAGUGCAAUUUUUCACUUGACAUUGAAAACCUAACUCUUUCUUGCCUUAAUCACUAUAGAGAUUUUUUAGUUUCUUACUCCAAAAUUGAUAUCUAUAACAUUUAUGCUCCAAUUUGCCUCUCUGCUUCCUCCUCCUCUCUUCACUCCUCAAUGUUUUCUGCUCCUCAAAUCUUCUCAAAAUAUAAAUUAUGGAGUAAGCUACCAAGAGGGUAUGAUCCAUGUAGUGCAAAUUAUGCAGAACAGUACUUUAGUAGAGAAGAUGUUCAAAGGGCUCUUCAUGCCAAUGUUACCAAACUUUCAUAUCCUUACACCCCUUGCAGUAAUGUGAUUCAAGAUUGGAUUGAUGCUCCUGAUUCUGUCUUGCCUAUCAUUCAAGAGUUACUCCAAGCACAAUACCGCAUUUGGAUUUAUAGUGGUGACACGGAUGGAAGAAUACCAAUUACGUCGACGAGAUAUAGUAUAAACAAAAUGGGGCUAAAAGUUGAAGAAGAAUGGAGGGCUUGGUUUGAGAGGCAUCAAGUGGCUGGUUGGGUUGAAACCUACCAAGAAGGGCUCACCUUGGCUACCAUUAGAGGGGCAGGCCAUCAAGCCCCAAUCUUUGCUCCUCAACGAUCACUCGCUUUAUUCGUUUACUUUCUUGCAGGCAAUCGUUUACCUGUAACUCCCAAAAUCUAGUUGUUCAAAUUGACUUCAUUAUUUGCUUUGAUAACUAUUUUAUUUUAAGCUUCUUACUAUAUGAAUAAACUUUUUUUGUUUGUUGA